AUGGGAUACGACCUGCACGGGGCGAACCUCAACAGCGACGAUUUGGCCAGGUACAGCAACAGGGCAACGAUCCCCGACGUGAUUCUCGUGCGCAAAAGCUACGAGGAGAAGCGCAAGAAGCGGCGCGGCAAGCCCCGUGCAUGGAAGCUCAAACAGCUCGACAUGGAAGUGGACGGGGGCGCCGGGGGCGGAGCAGAGAGAGGAGGGGGAGGCGGCGCGAGGGGACGGAUUGAUGAAGAGAAAGAGGCGGCAGAUAAGGAGAGGUUUCUGGAGGAGCUGGAGGAGGACCCGGACAUGCGGUCGCGGAUUGCGGUUUACAGGGAUCCGAGUUAUGUGGCGCCGGCGCAAGGGGGAGGAGGAGGAGUGGGAGGAGGUGAUGAGAUGGUGAAUGGGGAGGAGGAGGAGGAGGAUGGGGAGGAGGUUCCGGAGAUUCCGUUGGAAGAGCUGCUUUCGGAUCUGAGGAUUGAUGGGGAGGAGGCGGAGGAAGGGGAGGUGGAGGAUGAUGAGGAUGAUGCUAUGGAGACAUGA